AUGCAAGCUUCAUAAGAGAAAAUACCAAAUUUAGAUCUCAGCAAUAGAAGAUCACAAUCAAUGGUCACUUCAGAUCCAGCCAUUAAGAAACUUAAAUAAACAUUGUAGGUUGAUAAUGAAACUAGCACUCGUUAAUUGAAACGAAAGUAAGGCGAUAUUUUGGAUUCAAUUCUUGAGGAUGCGAAUUUGAUACUAAGAAAUAAACUUUUGGAAAAGAAUAUUUAUUAACUGAAGGAAUUAGGAUUACUUAAAUAACAUGAUCCUACUAUAGCAGUUCAAUAAGGAUUUAAAAAAAGUAAUUAUGUGAUGAAUGAUUAUCAUAAUAAAAGUACUACAAAUGGAUAUGCCAGAAAUUAUGGAGGAUUGUUUUAUAAUAGAUGA